GUCAGCUCGGAGCUUCACUGCAAUGAAGCAAAUCAACUUCUUUGUUUUGGCCAUCAUGCUGCUCCCACAUGCACAAGGUGAGGAAGAGGAGGAUCAGCCAGAGACCAUGGAGGAGGUGGGCUUGGAGGAGGAGGACCUGCUGGAGUGUUUCCGCUGUGACCUGGGCUUCUGGGACGCCUGCUAUACCACUAGGGUCUACUGCAGCCCUGGGGAGAGGUGCUUCACUGGCCGCGGGAAGGCAGUGGACCUGCUGGACGUGAAGACGCUGGGCUGUGUGAAGACAGAGGAGUGCAGCGCCGAGACCAGCCUGGAGCUGUACCCCAACGCCACCCUCUACACCAUGACCAAGCACUGCUGCGACACCGCCUUCUGCAACGCGGCGCGCCCGGCGCGGCCCGUCGGCCUGUGCUCCUACCUGACGGGCCCCGCGCUCGGCCUCUGGUACCUCACAGGACCGCCCCCCAGACUGCACUAGCUCAUCUCUACAGCGAGCGUCCAAUGGACCAGCAUGAAGACUGUGCUGUUUCCCCGCCGACGGACUGCACAGCCAGAUGGUGAACCCCGGCUGUCUGUUCAAUGAGCAGCCUGACAGCCCCCAUCGACUGGAUGGUGACUGAAGAUAAAUCAGUUGUCUUUGUUUAAUGUUAAAGCUCAAUAGCUGAAGGAGUGUUAAUGUAUUUAUUAUAAUAUUUUCACUAGUCUCACCAUUCCUUCCAGUAGGAUGGAGUCGUUUACCUAACCAUCAACUGCUGCUGUCAGAAACAGAAUAAAAGGCUGGAUCAAGUGCCAGAUGGUGGAAUGUGUUAUUAACGCAGUAUAAUUGAAUGCAGUGCCAGACUCACAGGCCACAAUCCAAUUUAUUUUAUUGGUUGUUUUUCUAAGAUGUCUUUCAUUGUACCAUAAAGUUUUAAACAUUUAUUGAAACUAGGUAUACAGUGUUAUUUUUAAUAGGAGGUAAAUAUUUGUAUGUAUGUCAUUAGAAAUAGAUCAUUUUCCUUAGAAAGCCAAUAAAGUUG